UCCUGAUCUGGAACUUUCUUUACUCUGUCUCUGUGCUCACAAAGUUGCAAUCUUUGGGGAGAUCUGAGGCAACCCUUUUCUCCUCUGAGAAAUGGAAACAAGAAACCAAGUGAAGAAGAAAAUUUUCGAAAUUUUCAAAGAAUUUAUGAUGGGAAUCGCAGAGCUUGAAGAACUAGGCAAUGCUGCAAACUCCUUUCUUCUACGGUUUCAGCAAGCACUCAGUUUUCUUCAACGCCCUCCAAUGGUUACUCGUCUCACAGAUGAAACAGCCCUUGCAAUUGAGACUGCAACAAAGUUUUCCAUACAGCUAGAUAAAGACACAAGCGAUGAAGAAUUGCGACAAGCAACAUGCGAUGAGGAGAACGAGACUGUACAUUUCUCUCAAGAACACGAAGUUACAGAGUACGCUACACUUAUUGCAGUAGUUUACAGUAUGAUGAAGCAGAACUAUGUGAUGCAGGAAAAGAUUGUGCGAUCGCUUAGUUUGAAGUCAUCAUCUGGUGAGCUAGAGACUUACAGUCUGAUGUGGUCCUUGCGUCCGUUCGUAGAAGAUGAGAUUGUGAACAGAGCAUGGAAAUGGAUUUACUAAAAUUUUUUUAACUCUUCUCAUCUAAUUUUGUUUGAUAAGUAUACAGUCUCUAGGUAUCUCUUAACAAUUGAUAUGCCAUGUGCUAAUGAUUAGUAAAAUGUUAACUUGUUUCCCUCUUUCUAAAAUGGUUCAAGUAAAUGUUAAAUGUUUUAAGUUUCUAAUAGUAAUAAUGUAAUUAUUUUGUUA